ACAAGAUGGUGCCAUUAGCAUGUUAUGGUCAACAUUUUGUACCAUUAGACUACUUCUACCAACUGGCCUUGGCCAAUUCAUUAACACAUCAAAAUACAGGUGAAAAACUAAAUCAAUUCAAUAACCAACCUGUGGCCAAAGUGCAAUCCCAUAGCAAUCACUUUGCAGUACCUCCAGUGAGCUCCAACAGGAAGGUCCAGAGACGCUCAGUAUUGCCUUCUCCCAAAUCCCAGGACAAAAUUUCACAGAUCUUCUGUGAUAGGACUCUGAAUUUGCCAUUGUCCCAUGCCAAGCAUCAUAAGACACCUUCACGAGGCCUCCCCUGGAGAAGUUCAUUGUGGCCUGCUCAUAGAGCCCUGAGCUCUCAUUUGUUGUACUCCAAAGCUCAAACAACAUCUUUAUCUGACCUCAACAAGACGUCAUCACUGGAGCUCAAUCAAACAGUCUUGAGUUCACAAUUACUCUUCUCUAAACCUCGAACAACAUCUUCAAGCCUAGAUGUUUGCUGGGGGUCACCUUCAUUGAAGUCUAAUCAAAGAGUCUCAAGUUCAUCAUUAUUUCCUCUCCAAAAUCAAGAAAUACCUUCCGUAAACAUCGUUUGGGCAGCAUCUUCAUUGGGAUCCAAACAAAGAGCACUUAGCUCAACAUUACCUCAAUCCAAACUUCAGAACACAUCCUCAUUGGACUGCUUCUGGACAUCUUUACUGCAGCACAAUCAGAGAUCUUUGAGUUUGCCAUCACUCAACACAAAACUCCAAACAGGUGACUUACUUGGGUCACCACCUUCUUUCAAAACCAAUCAAAUGGCUCUUACCUCUCCAUUUCUUGACUCUAGACUUCAGAAAACAUCUAUAUUGAACUCUAACCCCACUAUUGUAAGCUUACCAUUGUCCCAUUCAAAAGCAAGGGAAUCAUCAUCAUCAUAUUUUGUCCACCCAUCUGAGAGUUUACCAUCAUUCCACCUCAAUUCUCAGUCAAUGUUUAUGCUUGAUUGUAAUUCCCAGACCCCCAGUUCACCUGUCUGUCACUUCAAGUUUCAGAAUACCACUUCACCAAAUGACAAACACAGAGUCACACACCUACCAUCACCCCAUCCAAAAACAAAUGUCUCAGGUCAAUUAUUAUCAAGCUCCAAACGCUGCACCAGAAACACAGCUGCUUCAACAUUGGGUUUCAGACUCCAGAGUAAAAGCAGCUGUGAUUUUUCUCCAGAGACAGAACCAAAUAAAGAAAGUCAAUGGAAUUUAAAGUAUAGUCAGCCCUGUGUUGUUAAAGGUGGAACUGUCCCUGAUGAUGUGGUAAAUACAAUUGUCAAUUCUAUCUCAAAGACCAGAAUACAGAGGGAUCUCUGUAGGCAGAUUUUGCUUCGAAGGAUGAGGGGAAGGCCAAAUCCUCGUCCUGGUCCUCGCCUGUCAUCAAAUUAUAUGGUUUGCUUAGCUUGUGCUUCCUGCAUAAAAUCUCCAUGUAACCAUCUUGCAGGGAAGAAAAAUCCUCGUUGUGCAACACUUUUUGUCAUACCAACACCUGAGGCCAAUUCUGAGGGCAAAAUAGAGGUGAAAUUAGUUCUUAUCCUUUCUCUACCAGAGACUUUCUCAUCUUCUCUCCCAUUCCCUAUGAAAGAAAACCAGCCUGGUGAAGCCCCUGAAAACAACCUUGAAGGAGUAGAAAACAUGCCGCAGUUUCCCCCCACAUCUGAACAGGAUAUCCAGGGACUUAGUAAGAAGCAGAAAUGGUUGAUGGCAGCCCCUGAAAACAAAGUUAUAGGCCAACAGACUCAGGCUAUUGACUGGCUGUUUUAUGUUAAAAAAAAUAAUUCUCAGUCACAAUCCCUGCUCCCACCCUCCUCUUCCUCUUCCAUUUCCUUUUCCUCCUCUUACUCUGUUGCCUCUGCCUCUUCUUCCUCCUCUUCUUCAUCUUCUUCCUCCUCUUCCUCUUCCAUCUCACCCUUUUCUCACCCUUAUUCCAAUGAGUUUUUGACACCCACACUCUCACGUCGUGUAUUCCCUAAGGUACUCAGUUACCAUCGGUUGCCUCCAGGGGUCAACUGGCUUGAGUUCAUAAGCAGUAAAGAUUACCAGCUGCAUCCCAGAAAACCAAAUAGAAAUCAGUCAUCAUCUCCCAGAACAAAGCCUGUGAGGAAUAUCAAUGCAGGAAAAUGGAGAAAGGGACCCAACACACUGUUCAAAUUUUUCCGGAAAAUGAGAAAUUAUGAUUAAAUUAACUUGUAGUCUGUUUGAGGGCAUUGAUCUCUUAGUUCUUUGAGACUAGUGUUUGAUUUCUAGGGAAUUAUCAUCCUAAAGUCUAUUUUCUAGUCAAAUAAUAUACUUUAAUCUAGAAGCCCAGAACUGAAUCCAUGUUUUUGACUGAAUGUCUGGCUUAUAGUAGCCAUUAUGUAAUUAUUGUUGAAUGAAUUUAACAUAGUUGGCCAUAAACCAGAAAUACUUCAUAUAUCUUACCCUAAAUGUAUCUAGCUCAUUAAUAUUGUCUUUCCUUAGAAGACAAUCUAUGCUAAUCUGUUUUUCUAUCUUUAAUGAAAAAUCAGAUCAUGUUCAAUGGGUAAGAAUAUAUAUAAAGAGAAAUUCUUUCAGUUAUGUGUCUGUAGGGAAAAUUCUUCUGUGUCAAUAUCCUACAUUCUGAAAUCCAAUGAUUUAUUCAACUUUAGUUAAUAAAUAUGAAGAAAGAAUAACUAUUGUUACAAAUAAUCCUACUUAAUGCUGACUGUGUUGAUACUUUAAUUAUGGGCUCUUAAGUCACCUGUUCAUCAUGGCUAUCUAUACAAAUGAAACAAGUUAAUAAAAAAUGUUUUAAAAAUGUUUUUGCUCCACUGGGUCUACUGGUAGUGGGAAGAGAGGGAGUUGCCUUAUUUACUCAACUUAAGUGCUAAUCUCUGUCUCUUAAAUACACUAAUUUGUAUCUCAUAUGCACUAAUAACUCACAAUCCCAAUUCUCCACUCUCCAUCUUUUCUGGUCACCAGUAUGCAUAUUGGACA